ACAAUGCACUGCUUCAAUGGGAGAUUUAAGGUCAUUUGUUGACGGAUUUGAACACUAAAAGUCAAUUAAAAAACGCGAGUGUUGUUGCUAAUUAUCUACAAUAGAGCGUUCCUUUGCUGAAGUAUCAGAUUUUAAUCACACUGUUGUUGAACAACGGACACCGACUCAGGAAAAUGUUUGCUAAAUUAGACGGCUAACCUUUGGCUCGGAGUUGGAGCUAUGUUAGCUAACGGGAUCCACAACAUGUCGACCUGAACGGUGCUAAGGUUUAUAAACAGAAUCCAAGUUGAUCUGGAAGCCUCGUUUUUAGGAGUACGGCUGCUAAAGUGUGAAGUGAUGGAGAAAGAACAGCACAAUGUUAUCAUCUUCAAUGCGUCGAAGAGGGAGCUUUUCAGCACAAACAAUGGAUACAAGUCCAUGCAGAAGAAACUCCGAGCUCAGUGGAAAAUACAAAGUAUCAAGGAAGAGGUGUCAGAGGAGAAGCUGAAAGGGGUCAAGCUGUGGAUCACUGCAGGGCCAAGAGAGAAGUUCACAGCUUCAGAGCUGGAGGUGUUGAAGCAGUACCUGGAUGGAGGUGGUAACAUGCUGGUCAUGCUUGGUGAAGGAGGAGAAAUGAAAUAUGACACAAACAUCAACUUUCUCCUGGAGGAGUUUGGAGUGAUGGUCAACAACGAUGCUGUUGUGAGGAAUAUGUACUAUAAAUACUUCCAUCCCAAGGAGGCACUUGUGUCCAACGGCGUGUUGAACAGAGAGAUCAGUCGAGCUGCCAGCAAAGUGGUCACAGGAGUGAUUGAAGAUGAAAACAUUGGAAACGACGCCCAAGCGCUCACCUUUUUGUAUCCAUAUGGAGCCACGUUGAGCGUGAUGAAGCCCGCUGUGGCGGUCCUGUCUACUGGUUCAGUCUGCUUCCCGCUCAACAGGCCCGUCCUGUCCUUCUAUCAGGGGAAGGAGUCUGGCAAACUGGCGGUUUUGGGUUCUUGCUACAUGUUCAGUGAUCAGUAUGUAGACAAAGAGGAAAAUGGUAAAAUCAUGGACGUUGUGCUUCAGUGGCUCAUGACUGAUAACAUCCAGCUUAAUCAGAUCGAUGCUGAAGAUCCAGACAUGACAGAUUACACCAUGCUGCCUGACACAGGGCGUCUGUCAGGACAGCUCAGAGUCUGUUUACAGGAAGGUGAUGAGAACCCCCGAGACUUCACGUCUCUCUUCAACAGGUCUUUGUUCAACUUGUCCACCGACACGUUACCCCAUGUCAUAAGUGCCUAUACCCAGCUGAACGUCAAACAUGAGCCCCUGCAGCUCAUCACGCCGCAGUUUGAAACACCGCUGCCUCAGCUGCAACCUGCUGUUUUCCCACCGGCCUUAAGUGAUUUGCCUCCUCCAAUGCUGGACCUGUUUGAUUUAGAUGAAACAUUUUCCUCUGAGAAAGUUCGCCUCGCGCAGCUCACCAACAAAUGCACAGACGAUGACCUUGAGUUCUACGUACGGAAAUGUGGUGAAAUCCUGGGUGUGACUCCCAAACUGGACAAAACACAGAGGGAUGCCAAACACAUCUUGGAGCACAUUUUCUUCCAGGUGGUGGAGUUCAAGAAACUCAACCAGGAGCACGACAUGGACACAGACGCACCAUUCACUCCACUGGGGUCAGAACCAGAAAGAAGUUGAUCUUCUAAUGGACGGGGACUAAAGCUGGAGUAAAAGUGGAAGAACAUUUAGAAA